UGUAUUUUUUUCUUUGUCAAUACUGAAUUAUGCUUCAUAUCUCUAGCAUUUCUAUCUUUUAAAUCAGAAAGGAAUAAUUUCUAGAGAAAAAAGUUGUAUAAAAUUCAGCAACAGAUCUAAAUUUGUACCAUAAAAGUGAAUUCCAGAUUAAGCUGUCUGAAUAAGAAACCUCUUUGAAGGCACAAUCUCUAUUCAUUUUUGAGAGUAUAUCUGGGGUCUGUUAUAUCCUGGUGUUGACAUGGGAUGGAGCUGCAGUUGGAUCUCAUUACCAAAGGAAGUCUCAAAUUCCUGUUUCAGGACAUUGCCAUUGGUAUCCUCUCAAUCAUCUGUGUUGGACUUGCCCCGGGCCACAGUAUCCCUUAACAGGUUAAAUGGUCUCACAUUUGGCAGAUUGUUAAGCUUCCAUAGUCAAAAUGUUGUUGCUAGCACGGCAAAGGUGUCUGCAUCUUUGACCCUUGGUGAGAAUCUGGGUUCAGAAUUAAGAAAAAGUCAUACAAGAAAUAAAAAUAAAUUGAAUUUUAAGCAAGUUCGGACAUUGCUGAUUGACAAUUAUGAUAGCUACACUUACAACAUUUUUCAGCUAUUAGCCGUGGUAAAUGGAGUGGCACCUACUGUUAUCAAGAAUGAUCAAUUAACAUGGGAGUAUCUUCACUAUCUUCUGUAUGAAGAACAUGCAUUUGAUAAUAUUGUCAUUUCACCUGGACCUGGAUCACCAACAUGUGCUGCAGACAUAGGAAUUUGUAAUAGAAUAUUGUGUGAUUGCAAGGACAUUCCUAUUUUGGGAGUUUGUUUGGGUCAUCAGGCAUUGGGAUAUGUUCAUGGUGCUCAAGUCAUACAUGCUCCAGAGCCUGUUCAUGGGCGACUUAGUGAGAUUGAGCAUACUGGGUGCCAACUUUUUCAUGAUAUUCCUUCUGGAGCAGGUUCUGGAUUUAGGGUUGUAAGAUACCAUUCACUGGCACUUGACACAAGCUCUCUUCCCAAGGAUCUGAUUCCCAUUGCCUGGACAUCACAUUCUGAUGCAUUGAAUCAUGUUUCUGACAUGCAUAGCAGUCAGGUACUAAAAAAUACAAAUCCAAGUGCUUUGAAUGGAAAGCAACACAAAUUUGUUGAUGAGAUAGCAAUGUCAUCGACUGACAGUGUAAGCUCUGGUGCCUCUCAAAAUGCUGAUGCUGUGAAAGAUGCAAAAGUGCUUAUGGGUGUCAUGCAUUGCAGUAGUCCACAUUAUGGGGUUCAGUUUCAUCCAGAAAGCAUUGCAACAUGUUAUGGGAGGAAGAUAUUCGAAAACUUUCGAGAUAUAACAAUAAAUCAUUGGCACAACUUGUCAACAUGCCCAAGAAAUACAGUAUUAAUUCAAAUUCCUUUGCAACGAAAUUUUGAAGGGCCAGAGCCCAAUGCUUUCUUGGACUUGACAAGUAGGAUAGGGAGAGGGUUGGAUGCAUCCAACAAACCUGUUCAAAUUGCAAAUCUCAGCAAUAACAUUGAAAAGGGAUCUGUUACAGCCUUGAGGUUAUGCUGGAAGAAGUUGAAGGGAAUUGCUGCAAAAGCUGGGGGAUCGGAAAAUAUUUUCUGUUCACUGUUUGGCAAUUACCUGGCAGAAGACACAUUCUGGUUGGACAGCUCUACGAAAGAUCAUGUGAGGGCACAAUUUUCGUUUAUGGGUGGUAAAGGUGGAUUGCUUUGGCGACGUAUUGCAUUUAAACUGUCUGAUCAAAGUGAUGAAACGGGCCAAGGUGGUGGAUAUCUGUCAGUUGAAGAUGAAAAUGGCUCUGUCAAACAAAAAUUUCUGAAAAGUGGACUAUUUGAUUUUCUAAGUAAGGAACUUCAAUCCUUUACUUGUCGAAAGGAAGAUUACGAAGGGCUGCCUUUUGAUUUUUGUGGAGGAUAUGUUGGUUAUAUUGGUUAUGAACUGAAGACAGAGUGUGGAAUGAAGUACAACCGCCAUGCAUCACAGGACCCUGAUGCAUGUUUCUUCUUGGCGGACCGCCUUGUUGCGAUUGAUCACCAGACUGAUGAUGUUUAUAUUCUAUCAGUGUUUCCAAGUACUGAAUCCAAUGAUAAAUUGAAUGAGCAAAAUUUCCAAGAGAGAAAGGACUCAGUAAGAGAUCACAGCUAUGACUCACCGAAUAAAUUCCACGAGUUUAGACAAAACGCUGUUGAGUCUGUUCAAAACUAUGGUAAUAUUUCUUCUAAAUCUUAUUCCGGUAAUAAUUACUCUGCAAAGUCUAAAAUAGUAGAUUCAGUAGCAUGGUUGGAAGCUACAGAGAUGAAACUAUUACAGUUAAUCAGAACAUCUGCCACAGCAGUAGCGGAAAGGAGAAAAUUGCCUUGUUUAUCCACCAUUUCUGAAGAUGUUGAUGAUCAAAAAGUUUUCAGAUUGCAAAAGUCAAAAGAUGAGUAUAUGGAAGAUGUCAAUAGAUGCCUUCAGUAUAUUAAAGAUGGUGAAAGCUAUGAAUUAUGCCUCACAACACAGAUUCGGAAGAGAGUUAACAUAAAAGAUGCCCUUUGUCUCUAUCUUAAUUUGAGAGACAAAAACCCUGCUCCUUAUGCAGCAUGGCUUCACUUUGGAAAGGAGGAUGUAUGCAUUUGUUCAUCUUCACCAGAGAGGUUCUUACGUUUGGACCGCAAUGGCAUAUUGGAAGCCAAACCUAUAAAAGGAACAAUUCCUCGAGGAAUUUCUCAGAUAGAAGAUGAGAAAUUACGUUCCCAGCUGCAAAAAAGCGAGAAGGAUCAAGCUGAAAACUUAAUGAUUGUGGACCUCUUAAGAAAUGAUCUGGGCUGUGUGUGUGAACCGGGAACUGUGCAUGUACCCAGUCUUAUGGACGUGGAAUCCUAUGCAACAGUGCAUACAUUGGUGAGCACAAUUAGAGGGAGGAAAAGAAAUGAAGUCAGCCCUGUAGAAUGUGUGAGAGCUGCAUUUCCAGGAGGUUCAAUGACAGGAGCACCAAAAUUAAGAGCAAUGGAGAUCCUUGACUCUAUUGAGAAUACUUCAAGAGGAGUUUAUUCUGGGGCUAUAGGAUUUUUCUCUUUCAAUCAAACUUUUGAUUUGAAUGUUGUUAUCAGAACUAUUGUAGUAAAUAGAGAAGAAGCUUCAAUAGGAGCAGGAGGAGCUAUUGUUGCUCUUUCAGAUCCAGAGGAUGAGUAUGAAGAGAUGGUAUUAAAAGCAAGGGCUCCCAUGAAUGCUGUAACCGAAUUUGAAAACUGCUCAAAUUUUUAUCACAGUAGCUCCAAAUCUACACAAAAUUAAUGCAGGUUGACUCUGUUAUUUGAAUUGGGGUACAUUGCCCUCAUUAUUAUCACAUUUUAAUCUGAUUCAUAUUCAUCUUCUAAAUAAUUAAGAUUGGUCAAACCUCUCGGCUUGCAAAAGUUUUCCUGGGCAAAUGAGCAGCCAUAUGAUCAAUGGAAUUUUUUAUUUCACCAUAACAUGAUAAUCUGAGUGGAUAGUUGGGGUUUUGGCCAAGGGAAUUAGUGUCACUGUCAAGUCUCUUUUCUAUUGUAAUUCAAGCAACUCUCAUAUUUGUUUUGAAUUAUUUUUUAUAGUACCAUCACCAGGCACCUGAUUCUUUUA